CAUCCAGGGGCAUGAUAGAUUAUGCAAUAUUCCCAUGUCAGAAGAUAUCAGGCAGCCUCAAAACACAAUUAAAUAGAUACAUGAUGCCAACCAAGCCAGUGCCAAGGAGAAGAGCGGUUAGCAACGGUCCAGAAGGGCAAGGGAAGCCGUCCAGAGUGGCAGACGUCGUGCGAGAGGAACCAACCUUCUGAAAAUUCUUGCGCACCAAAACGCUUUGUAUCAAAUAUGGCGAAAAUUAUUGAAUGCGUGCCUAACUUCUCCGAAGGGCGAGAUAAGUCUGUGAUCGACGCCAUCGCCGAGGCCGUGCGCGCGACCCCCGGGGCGACGCUCCUGGACGUGGACCCCGGCCACUCCACCAACAGGACCGUCUACACCUUCGUCGGCGACCCGGAGAGCGUGGUCCAGGCCGCCCUCAACGCGGCCAAGGUCGCCUUCAAGCUAAUCGACAUGACCACGCACAAGGGCGAGCAUCCGCGAAUGGGGGCGCUGGAUGUGUGUCCGUUCAUCCCAGUCCGGGGCGUGAGCGUGGAAGAGUGCGUGGGCGUCGCCAAAGUGUUCGGGCAGCGCCUAGCAGAGGAGGUGGGCGUCCCGGUGUUCCUCUACGGCGCCGCCUCCACCCGGGACUACCGCAGGACGAUGCCGCAGAUCCGCGCGGGAGAGUAUGAAGGCCUCAAGGAAAAACUGACAAAGGAAGAGUGGGGUCCUGAUUACGGAACGCGUGAUUUCGUUCCCAGUUGGGGCGCUACCGUGACUGGCGUCAGGAAGUUCCUCAUCGCUUACAAUGUCAACAUGAUUGCCACCAAAGAGCAGGCACAUCGGAUUGCCCUGAACCUCCGAGAGCAAGGCCGCAGCCCCGACCAGCCAGGACGUCUGAAGUGCUGCCAGGCCAUCGGGUGGUACCUGCAGGAGCAGAACAUCGCGCAGAUUAGCAUAAAUCUCACGGACUUCGAAGUCACCCCUGUGCACAUUGCGUAUGAAGAGGCCAAGAAGGACGCCGAGGACCUGAACCUGGCCGUCACGGGCUCGGAGAUCGUGGGCCUGGUUCCUCUGGCGGCGAUCCUGCAGGCUGCGGACUACUACAUCGAAAAGGAGAAGCUGUUCAUCCUCGACGAGGAACAGAAGGUCCAUCUCGCCAUCAACCGCCUUGGCUUGACUACCAUAUCCUCCUUCAAUCCAAAGGAGAGGAUCAUUGAGUACUGCCUCGAGAACCAAAACUCGAAUGCUCUGGCCAACAACACCGUGUCUCAGUUCAUCAGAAGUGUGGCAGCGCGCACGCCUGCCCCGGGAGGCGGCUCCGUGGCCGCUACAGUUGCUGCCUUGGGUUCAGCACUAGGCGCCAUGGUGGGCCAGAUGACGUACGGCAAGCGGCAGUGGGAGGCCCUGGACGCCACCAUGCGGCGCCUCCUCCCGCCCCUCCACAACACGGCCGUCGACCUCAUACCCGCCAUCGACGCUGACACCGCCGCCUUCAACGACUACAUGGCCGCUCUCAAGCUGCCGCAGAAGACGGAGGCGGAGAAGGCGAAGCGGGAGGCGGCGGUGAAGGCGGCGACGGAGGCGACCAUCCGCGUGCCACUCUCCCUCAUGAGCACAAUUAACGGCACUUGGGACGCCCUUGCGGAGAUGGCGGGGGUCGGAAACAUCAACUGCAGAUCCGACCUUCAGGUGGGUGCUCGGUGCCUAGAAGCUGGUUCCUGGGGCGCCUAUUACAACGUACUCAUCAACCUGGACAAUAUCACUGACCCAUCCACCAAAUCCACCUACUUGGCCGAAGCGGACGCCCUCUUGCAACGAGCCAAGCAAGGGUGCAGUGCCGUACUUCAGGCGGUAGAGAGGCGGCAGAAGUAAACAACGGGAAGGGAGAAUAACUAUAAAAGUUGAUGAGGAUUUGAGUCACUUUUGCUUGAUCAAUUUUUGUUCUUUGAGUUCGUUUGCGAAUAAUGUGAAAACACGAAACAAGAAUGAUUUCAUUCUACUUUUGUAAACAUUUCAUUGUAGGAUGUAAUAGAAUAAAUAAACUAUCCCUGAAAGAUAAGUUUUCUUUCGUAGCAGAAGUGAAUUACUGAUUAAAAUCGAUGUAAGAAAUUUAUUUUGCAUGUGGGGUAAUCUACAUAAUAAUCAGAUGGAUUAUCAUGUUGCUUUUAAAUAUGAACCGCCAAUUCACGUUGCUCAAUGAUGUGUUGCUCAAUAACAGCCAUGAAAGAUACAUAUCCUUGUAAUGAGAAAUAAAUGUUGACCUCUGGAGAUAAUA